AUGGAGGAGAAGGCUAGCUGCAACCGGAUCGUUCACCAUCAUAAAGAGAUGGAUAUUGAAGAUGACUUCAGGGCGUCGGAAUUCGAUGGUGCUGAUGCCCAGCUGGGUUCUCACCACACGAAGGUGAAGAUUCCACCGGUAGAGGCUCGGAGACGCAAGCUGAUAUUAGAUGACUCGGACGACGAGCUCUUCUCGCCAGGACUUCCCAUGCAUCCCAUAAAGGAACGUGUUGCUGGUUAUGAUGAGAAAAAGAAGGGGAAGCGAUUGGUUAAGCUGGGGAAAGCCAGCUUGGUGGGGGACCAAAAGUUGCACCGUCCGACAGCGGGUGUUUCUAUCACCACCCAGAAGGCUGCUUCAUCCUCUCGCACUCGGUCUGCUGCGAGAAAGGGAAGCAAGCACCUGGGAAAACCUCGAUCUGGCAGAAGCAAAGGAAACCGCAAGCUCAAUGGAGAUAGUGUCUCUACGGUAGACAACCCCUCUAGCGGGCCUUCCCACACGGAGCCGCAAGAAACUGUGCUACCUGAUUUGGGUAAGAAGCCCAUGGAAAGUGUGCCAUCAGAGGCCUCUCCUUCGGAGGAUGAUGUCCUUCAGUUUGAGAUCAAAAUUCUAUCUCCUCCUAUUGACCGUGAUCACCAAGCCGUUUCAGGGCAGGUGCGAUAG